UAAUCUACUUUUUUAAAUAGCAGAGAGAGUAAAGAGUACAUGGUAGACUUUUACGUAACGAAGUCUAAGAGCUAGAACUCUCCUGCAGCAAUGGCUUUGCUUUCAUGGAUUGUAUUUAUAAAUGUAGUUUUACUUGUGAGAGCUGAGCCUCUUGACACUGAAGGAUUGUUUGCUGAGGAAUGGAGGCUGUGGAAAGGAGAGCAUAAAAUCACUUACCAAAGCAGCGAGGAAGAGGGAAAGCGAUACUCAAUAUGGCAAGACAAUAUGAAGUAUAUUGAUGAGCACAAUGCUAAGAACCUGAGUUUUACAUUAAGAAUGAAUCAAUUUGGAGAUUUAACUUCAGAGGAAUAUUCAAGUAUUUAUACUUGCCAUAUUGUGAGCAAUGAGAAUUCUGAUGAGGUAAUUGGGCAGAAGUAUAACCCUCCUAGAGAUGUAGAGUUACCAUAUUCUAUUGACUGGAGGAAGAAAAGUGUCGUCACUUACGUCAAGAGCCAAGGUGAAUAUAGGUGUCAUUCUUGCUAUGCGUUUUCUACUGUUGGUUCAAUUGAGAGCCAUCAUGCCAUUAGCACUGGCUCUAGGGUUAGACUCAGUGAACAAAAUGUCAUUGACUGCUCAACUGGCUAUGGGAAUGCUGGCUGUAAUGGAGGCAACUACAGGAACACUUUCAAAUACAUUCUAGAAAACGGCGGAGGCAUCGAUACACAAAACUAUUAUCCAUACAAGGCAAUGGAUAAGACUUGUCGCUACAACUCUGCUAAAAUUGGUGCGACAAUAUCAGGUGUGUAUUAUAUACAGUCCAAAUCAGAGAGUGAUCUGAAGAGUGCAGUGGGUCUGGUGGGGCCUGUCAUUGUCUCCAUUGAUCAUAGGCACAAAUCCUUCCAGUUUUAUGGUGGCGGUAUAUACAGUGAAACAGAGUGUUACAGUAAUUACUAUCUACUCACUCAUGAGAUGCUAGUGGUUGGUUAUGGUACGUAUCAAAACAUUGAUUAUUGGAUCGUUAAAAACAGCUAUGGUAGCAGUUGGGGUGGAUGGGGCUAUAUGCGAAUUCUAAGAGGAGAAAACAUGUGUGGUAUUGCUACUGAUGCAGCUUUUCCUGUUAUUUGAGAAACUCCUUGCUUUCAUAUUUGACAUAAUAUGAAAGUGAACAUUGUCUAUGUGUGUCAUGUAAUUCUGUCCUUUGUAUCAUUAAAGUAAUUAUGCGUGGGCGUUGACUCCUGUUGCAAGGUGGGGCUCAGUCCACUGGGUGUAUGCUUGUGAAACAGUGUCUUAAAUAUACUUAUUGGCCAUUGUAUGGUGGUAUCAUGAUUAAUAACAAUGUUUUUCUAAUAAUGAA